AACUCUAAGCUAGAAAAGAGAAACACAAAAGUGUACCUAUUCAGUCUUCAUCUUCUCCUUUCUCCCGCUCUAUCCUUCUCCCUCCACUCUGCUGAUCUACUCCUGUCAGUCUCCUCCACAACCAUACGGAUAGAAUAUUAAGAGAGGGAAAGGGAGGAGAGGGAGGGAGUAGAGCGCAGCUGGCGCUCGGUAACCACCGGGCCCCUAAUUCUGCGCACUGGUUUGUUUCAUGGAUUCUUCUUCUUCCUCCUCUUCGUCUUCUUCAUCUUUCUCCCACUUCGCUUCAUUCCCACGGCAUUUUUACUUUCAUUCGCGGAUUUGAAUAAAAUAUUAAAGGGAUUGAUUCCGAGCCUUUCUCGUUCUCUGUACUGGGGUUUUUUCUUUUGGUAUUUGGGGUUUCUUCGGGUAUUUUCUCCAUUGUCUCUCGGCCUAACUCUGGCGUACUUGAAAGGAACCCUAGCGUUCCUGCGAUUGUCACUUUCGUCAGUCCUAGCGGAUCGGUUUGAUUUUACGACGACGAAGAAGAGGAGGAGAGGGAUUCGUCGUCUCAAAAUGUUGUGGGUUUUGAGAUUCUCGGGGUUCUUCUCCGCCGCAAUGGUCAUGAUCGUUCUGUCCCCUUCACUACAGUCCUUCCCUCCCGCCGAGGCGAUCCGAUCCUCUCAUCUUGACAGCUACCUCCGUUUCCCCUCCCAGCAUUCAGUUGAUCGUUUCUCGUUUCGGCAGGCCACGAUUUUCCGCAAUGCCGGUGAAUGCGGCUCCUCUGAUGGUGAUACCGGCGUCUGUAACCCCUCAUUGGUUCAUGUCGCCAUCACACUGGACGUGGACUACCUCCGCGGCUCAAUCGCCGCCGUUCACUCUAUCCUACAGCAUUCUGUUUGCCCGGAGAGCAUCUUCUUCCACUUUCUCGUCUCCGACGCCGGUCUCGAGUCACUUGUGCGCUCCACUUUUCCUCAAUUGAAGUUUAAGGUGUACUACUUCGACCCGGAUAUUGUACGGAACCUGAUCUCCACUUCGGUCAGGCAAGCCUUGGAGCAGCCGUUGAAUUACGCUAGGAAUUACUUGGCUGAUCUGCUCGAGCCCUGCGUUCGCCGGGUAAUUUAUCUGGAUUCUGAUCUGGUCGUCGUCGACGAUAUUGCCAAACUAUGGGCAACGAGCUUGGGUUCGAGAACAAUCGGAGCGCCGGAGUACUGCCACGCCAACUUCACCAAGUAUUUUACGGCAAGAUUCUGGUCUGACGGCCGGUUUUCUGGCCUGUUUAACAGGAGAAAACCUUGCUACUUCAACACAGGAGUGAUGGUUAUAGAUCUGGUCAAGUGGAGGCGGUUCGGGUAUACUAAGCGGAUUGAGAGGUGGAUGGAGAUCCAGAAGAUCAACCGGAUCUACGAGCUCGGUUCGCUCCCGCCGUUCCUGCUGGUUUUUGCGGGACGCGUGGCGCCGAUCGAGCACCGGUGGAACCAGCACGGAUUGGGUGGAGACAAUGUUAGGGGCAGUUGCCGUGACCUGCACCCAGGUCCUGUGAGCCUGCUGCAUUGGUCCGGCAGCGGCAAGCCCUGGCUCAGGCUAGACUCCAAGAGACCAUGUCCGCUCGAUGCACUAUGGGCACCAUAUGACUUGUACGGACACCCGCAAUGAAUUGUUCGCAGGGUUUCUCGCCGAUGAUUCUAGAAGAGAGAGGGAGGCUAACGGGCAUAGGAGCGUGGCGAGUUUUCUUUGUGCUACACUCACUAGCCGACCCAACCCCAACCGUGAGAGGUAGUGCCGCGUCAAGUAGGUGAAUCUGAACUGAGGAGAAAAUUAUUAUUAUUCUUCAAAAAAAAAAAAAGGUGAAAUUUUUAUAUUUUGGAUGGGUGAAAAUGGAGAUAAAACACAAAUUUGAUCCGAUGGGUUGGCAAGUUUUGGAUCCCUACCGGCGGGCAUGAAACCGAUGGAUGUG